ACGAACUAAACGUUGUUCUGCGGUUCUGCGGUUCUUAGCAGGGUUGUUCCUCUGUAUAGACUACCUGUUCUUUUCCUGUCCUUUCCCAGCCCUUCUUAUUUUAUCUUUCAAACUUUAUCUAAACUUUCACCGUACAUCGGAAACACUAGUCGAGUGGUUAACAUGGACUGCAACCCCAACUACAAGGAUGCCGUUUGGGCAUUCUAUCGAUUUGUACCCUCAAAAGAGGCAAACAUUGUGUUUGUAGUUCUCUUCGCGAUGACGACGCUCCUACAUGUCUUUCAACUCUGGCGAACAAAAACGUGGUAUUUAAUACCAUUGGUUCUGGGCGGAGUCUGUACGUUUUGCCCACAUUCCAAUCCGAACAAGGAUACCGUACUAACCAAGGGUACCCAGGCGAGGUUAUCGGAUACAUCGGGCGGGUUUUAAACACAAAUGAAGAGCCGGGAUGCUGGACGAUGGGGCCCUACAUCAUGCAGAGUGUCUUGAUUCUCAUUGCGCCUGCGCUCUUUGCAGCGUCGAUCUAUAUGAUCUUGGGAAGAAUCAUUCUCCUGACAGAGGGUGAACACCACUCGUUGAUUAGACGGAAGUGGCUCACCAAGAUCUUUGUAUUUGGAGACGUCGCAUCGUUCAUGCUUCAAUCAUCAGGUGGUGGUCUCAUGGCCAUUGCAGAUCUCAGCAAAAUGGGCGAAAAAAUCAUCGUUGGAGGCCUUUUCGUUCAGCUCUUCUUCUUUGGCUGCUUCAUCCUCGUAAGCGCGGUAUUCCACAUUCGAAUGCAUCGAGACCCCACCCCGAAAUCCUUAGAACCUCGCGUAAGAUGGCAGACAUAUCUCACGACGCUCUACGUCACAGGCAUUCUGAUCUGGGUGAGGAGUUUGUUCAGGGUGGUUGAGUUUAUCGAAGGAAAUGACGGGCACUUGAUGCGCAGCGAGGUUUGGGUAUUUGUGUUUGAUGGUAUGCUGAUGCUGCUGGUGUUGGUAUGGAUGAACUGGUUCCAUCCUGGCGAGAUUGGACUCCUGAUCAGGGGAGAGAGAAGUAUCACGAAUGGACUUGAGCUGGUCAAGAUGGGAGGGUCGGGGAGAAAGAGACUCGAUACCGUGGAGAGUCUAUCAUCUGAACAUAAUGUUUGAGUUAAGAUAAGAGAUUUGCGGUAGCAUCAUGAGAUUCUGAUGCUAAAAUAGAACAGUGCCCCCUGCAGCUGGAACUUCCCCCUGUAAAUCGAAAGCUUAGCGCAUACACCAGCCAAUCACCCAAUUCCUC